CAGGCACUAGAAGAAAAGCUUGAUGUCUUAAACAUUACAAUCUGCAGACAAAGGGCUGAAUUUGAGGAAGCAGCUGCACUCAGGAAAAAGAAGCGGAAAGCUGAAGAAAAAAGCAAAGAAGGUUAUUUUUCUGGCUGGUUUGGAUCAAGUAAAAAGAAGAAGUCCAAAUCAGAGGAGCAGUCAGAAAUACUUACAGAAGAGCAAAAACAAGAAGAGCUGCAGAAACUGUAUGCAGCAAUUGGUUAUAGCGAGAAUGAUGUCAUCACAGCCUUUCCCAAAGAUUAUGUUGAGAACCAGGUAAUCAUCCACCUCAGACAAAUAGGUGUUGUUCUCAGAGAUGUUGAUCCUUCAAGCAAAAAAACUAAAGACAUAGUCAGACUAAGCAUCCAAGACCUGUAUGCUGACCUUGCACAACGACCCUCAGCACAAGCCAUUAAGGUGACAACAAAGAUUGACCAAAUGAGAAUGUUUGGAGCAACAUCAGAACACUCAAAGUAUCUUCCACUUAUGAUUACAUCACAACAUGGGAAAGAAGAAMAUGCUUUGGCUCUUUUCAAUGCUGCAUUUGAGACAAAUCCCUUGGAUGAAAAAUGUGACCAACGAUUAACAGUAAAAUCUCAGCCYUUGAAGAUUGUCUACGAUGCUUUCACCAUAGAUAAAGUUGUUGAUUUUUUCCAACCACCAAAGGGUGUCCAGCUGCAAGAACUAUCAGCAGUAGCCAUUUCMAGACUAGAAGAGCURAAGACAGCUUCAAAAGCCAGUCUUGCAUAUGCCGUAGAGCACCAUAAGGUUACAGACAUUAAUGUUGAUGUCAUGUCACCGUACAUUAUUAUACCAGAAAAAGGACGUUUUGAAGGGGCAACAAGCUUAUUGGUAGUUGAUCUUGGUCAUCUGAAGAUUACAAGUGAUCCUGAGCAAGAAAGAGUAGUGACAACUAAGCUCAGCCAGCUUUCAUCAGAUUCUUCUUGCUCUUCUCUUUGUGAAAUAACAGAUGAGGAUCUUAGUAUAUCAGAAUUGGAAUCAAAAUGCUAUGAUAAAUUUGAUAUCAGACUAGAAGCUUUACAAGUCCUGAUAGCCAAGAAAGAUGAUGCUUGGGAUGCAGCAUGCCACACUAAAGUAUCCAAACUACAUGUUAUUGAUCCAAUGGAGCUGGAUCUCAAGCUACAGAAAGCUUUGAACCCUGAUGAUAUUCGUCUUGCUCAAAUCAAGAUUGCUGGAAAUCUGCAUGCUAUAAAUGUUCACAUCACUGAUAAAAAACUGGAGCAAGUUAUGAAGCUUGCUCUAAGUAUUCCAAUUCCUGGUUCUGAACUACCUACAGAUGUAGUUGACGCMCCACCUGAGGAACAGCUACUGGACAAGGGUAAAAGGAUGGCAAAAAUUAAACCGAUAUCAACUGGUCUACUAGAGUCCUCACCUGAUGAUUUAGCUGGUGAAGAUGAGGAAUUUCAAACACCUCCAGAGGAAUCUGUAACUGAGKCUGCAAGACUUGAGGCUAGAAAAACAUUAGCAAGACAAGUGCAGGUCGCUUUGACAUUUGAAAUUGAAGAGGUAUGUGUAAGUGCUGGCUUUGAAGACAAUGAAGGCAAUGAGACACCUUGUAUGGCUAUCAGUCUAGGACAUCUUGGUACUGUACUUAGCAAGCAUCAAUAUGAUAUUCAAGUCAGUGCAUCUAUUGGUUCUUUGGCUGUGAAGGAAAUGGGUUCUGGUUUGGAUGGMGAACCAGUUUACCUCAUCCAGACACCUAAAGAUACRGCUUUGUUGUCUAUUAAUGUUAUUCAGGCUGAUCAAGAAUCCCCAGAAUAYUACACAACAUUCUUGUCAACAGAGAAGCAAAUCAUGGUAGACUUCACAUCGCUUAGUGUAUUAUUGCAUCAAGAGGCUCUGCUAAGACUUAUGGACUUCUCAAGCAAGCUAAUACCUGCAAUGGAAGAAAAUGAGCAGUCACUAAGAGAAAAGGGUCGUGACAUCAAAGGGGAAAUCAAGAAACACAAAAGUAAAAGUGAAAUAGAUUUGCACAAAAAGGGAAAGAAGAAAGCCAGAAGUAAUCCUGAUAACAUCCUGGUGGACGUCAAAGCUAAAAUGGGUGGGAUAUCUGUUAUUGUGACGUCAAAAAGAGGUGACAUUGCAAGUAUAUUGGUUGGCGGUCUUUCUGCGCAUGUCAAAGUCUUGGAUGACAAAACAAAUGUUACUGCUUCAAUGAAAGACCUUUCCGUCAUGGACACAACCCAAGGAGUGUUGUAUCCCAACAUUGUCUCGAUAGUCAACCAAGAAGUCUUCAAUGUAGAGGUUGUGGUUUACAACGAUGCUAUGGAAGAUGGCAACUACACCAACAUGGAGAUUGUUGACACCAGCUUCAAGAUGGACAUUGGCUGCAUCAAAGUGAUCUUCUUGAACAAAUUUACCAUGGAACUCUUGGCUUUCUUGAAUAACUUCCAAAAGGCAAAGGAAGCCAUGCAACAAGCUACUAUAACAGCAACAGAAAAGGCAGCCAUUAAGAUGCAAGAUCUCCAGCAACAGACAUCUAGAAUAAAGCUGGCAGUUUCCAUUCAAGCACCCCUGAUCAUCAUUCCUGUCAGUUCAUCUUCACGUGAUGUCCUUGUGGCUGAUCUUGGUUUGCUCAACGUAUCAAACUCAUUCAAACUUCAUCAAAAACCAACAAAGCCCGAUGGCAGUGAUGCUGUGAUUGUUGAUGACAUGGUUGUAGAAUUGACCUCUGUCAAACUUUCAAGAGGAUCAAUAACCAAAGAUGAAGAACUUCAAACUGGUUCAGUCAUCAUAGAGCCUAUCACCAUGGCGAUUUAUCUGUCUAGAAACCUAUCGCCAUGGUUUCAUGGUAUCCCUGAUGUUAAUAUUCAUGGCAAGCUGAAUUCUGUCAAGCUGUGUGCCAGUGAAGGAGAUAUCGCAACACUAAUGGCAGUAGUCUUCCAGAAUCUUGCAGAGGGUCCAACAGAAGAACAAACAGAUGAAACUGAUGGUGGAAUUUCAGAUGAAAUUGUGCCAGUAACUGAAGCCUCCCUGGAAGCUGGAACACCUGAUAAAGUCCUUGCUGAAAGUACAGUGUGGGACACUGUCAAGUUUGAUUUUGAAAUUGAGAAGGUUUCAGCUUCUGUGUACUGGAAUGAGCCAAAGGAACCUGGUCCAAAAAGAGACCCUUCUUGCUGUCUUGGCAAGUUCUCUAUAGUAUCUGUAAAGACAAGUGGUAGAAUGACGUCUAACAUGGCACUUGAUGCUGUAGUAUCAUUGGAAACCUGUGUUCUUGAUGACAAGAGACCAGAGAGUGAACAAGGAGUGAUGAGAAUGAUGGACAGGUUUCUUGGUGAUUCUCGACAUCUGCCAAACAUGAUAGAUGUCAAGUAUGAACAGUCUCCCAACCAAGACAAGAAUAUAUCCAUUGACAUCAACAACAUCCAUAUCGUAGCUAACCUCGAGUUCAUCAUCGUUCUUGCCUCCGUUUUUACAUCAGCACUAGAAUCAGCUCCACCUCGUCCUGCUGUUGAAUCCAAUAUUCAUUUACCUGAUGUAACACAAGCUGUUGCCUUGGUACCAGCAACUCUCAUCAAACCUGUUGAAAAAGAACCACCUUCAAUGAGACUUCAGUUCGCAUUAAGGCAGCCUGAGAUUGUUCUUUUGGCUGAUGCUAAAGACAAAAACACUCAUGCAUUGUUCAUGAAGAAUACGAUAGAUUUUAACAUGAUGUUUGCUGGAGGACAGCAGAAGAUGUUUGCACAUCUGUCCAAUUUAAGUAUCACUUCAGCAGCUUUUGAUAUGGAACACAGAGAUGCUACUAAAACACAAGUAUUUUAUUUGUCCCARCUAGCAUUACACAGUUCAGCUCCAGAGGGGCAGAGCAUGCACAUAGACAUCAGAACAAGUGUUGCUCACAUUCAUGUCUCUCCUCCAUCUAUAAGAACAAUUACAGCAUGUCUGAUGUCAUUAGCACCUGCAAAGGAUACAAGCAAUGACAAGUCACAGCAUAUAGCAGACACAACAAUGUGGACUGAGAAUGCCAUUGAAAAGAAGGAAAAAUGGUACCUCACUCCAGUUCAACAACAUGUUGUCAGCCCUGGUGUUCGUAUAUACGGCCGAUGGCCGAAGACCAACAAGUAUUACCCUGGUUACAUUGCCAAGAUAGACACCCGCGUCAAGCUGAAGUUUGAUAAUGGUGAUGAAACGAUGCAUGACGUUAAUGACCUUACUGCCAUUGUACUAGACACUAUCCCCAAUGAGAAAGACUUGAAAUGUGGUACAAAGGUCAUAGCACCUGACUUGAAAGCAACCCAGUACUUCUCUUGUGCAGUGAUAAGAAAAAUAGAGGAGAAAGGUGGCAAGUUGGUGUAUCAUGUUGAUUAUAAGAAUGGCAAAGAAGGCUCAUAUAAUAGUAGCAAGUUGAGGAAACUGACAGUUAUUAAACCUGGAGUUUCAGAGCAUGACAUUGUACCGUCAAGUAUUGUGUUUGUUCGACAAAGAGAUGGAAAAUACGUCAAAGGGUUUGUCUCCUCUAAACGUCAAAGACUUCUCAUAGUCAAGGCCUAUCAAGGUCCUACAGUUAAAGUGAAUGCCAACAACCUCACUGCACUAGUCCUUGACAAGGUACCACAGCCAGGAGCAAUUCAAAUUGGAAUGACUGUACUUGGGAAAGGCAAAGACCCUGAGUUCUGGCACAUGGGCAAAGUCUAUCAGAUUAAGAAAGAGGAUGGCAUUAUGAAGUUCAAUGUGGUCUUUGAUAACGAUGUCCAAUUGUGGCUUGGUGUUCAAGAUCUGAGGAUAGUGACAGUGAAGCGACGAGAUGUUCUUGAAGGCACCAUUGAAGUAGGCAGUUCAGUGUGGGCAUGGUGGUCAGGCAACAGCUACUAUCCUGGGUACUUAUCCUACAAAGGCACCAAACUCCACGUCGACUUCUUUGAUGGUCAAAAACGCUUGUAUAACCUCAAAGAUGCGCUAAUCAAUGUCCUCCCAGACACCGUGCAGAAUGUCCGUGAUGUUCACCAAGGAGCUAGAGUUAUAUCAACCUACAAGAACAGCAGACAACGUUUCUCUGGUGUUAUAGACAAGGUUGAUAAGUCUAGAGAAAAGUUCAGGUUCUAUCAUGUUAAAUUUGAUGGUGGUGAUGAUGAAUGGGUGAGACUCUUUGACCUGCAGUUUCUUCCUAAGGAUGGCAUUACCAAGGAUGAACCUGAGACCAGUCCAGAGGGCUGGGUUCUUUUGCCGAAAGCCAGUACUGUAACCCCUAAACAUGGGGAUUGGGAACUUGUAGACGAUGCAAGUACUCAGUUUAAAUCUGUUUUUAAAAAGGAGAAAAAGUCCUUAGUCAAAUCAGACAGCAAUGGAGCAGAGGUAGAAAGAGGUGAAAUGUUGCUAUUCAAUAUGGAAGGAUUCAAUGUUAAGAUGGAAGGCAUGUUUGGUGGUCAAGUAAUUCCACUUCUAUCCAUGGAUGGACAUGUACAAGCAGAGGUCAAAGACUGGUCAUCUAAGCUUGAAGUCACAGCUGGAUUGAGUCUCAUUGCAAACUACUUCAAUGAAAAUAUCUCAGAGUGGGAACCACUAAUUGAACCAGUGGAGGAGUCAACUCAGAAGUAUCGACAGUGGGAAUUGAGUAUGGAGUUAUCAAUGGCUAGUGACGUUGAUGGGGAUAGUGAAGAGUCCAGUGGUGGAGGUCUAGAUGUUAAUGUAGACCCAGCUAUGUCAUUAGCAAUUACCUCUAAGGAUACUCUGCAAGUCACUAUUACCAAGACAAGCCUGGAUGUGUUCAACAAACUGGCUUCUGCAUUUGGUGAGGCUGUGUCCUUAGAGGGUGGUGAUAAAAUAGCAAUGGAGGACUUAUCUCCGUACGUCAUCCGUAAUGAGAUUGGCCUUGGAAUCAAAGUAUAUCUUGGCAAAAGUCUGAAAGGGUCUUCUACUGAUGAACAGGGUGCUGCCAUGUUCGCUAUUGCUUCAGGAAGGAAUCUCCCACUGUACCUUACCAAAGAUGCUGACAGACGAGCCAGCAGAAGAGUACGAAACACUGAAGAAACAGGACUUAGUGUCUCAAUUGAGGUUGAAGGUUACCACACAGCAAAAGACAUUCCCAUCAAGCAAGCUAGAGUUGCCUUCUAUACCCUUGUACCACGACAGUUGUUGAAAGGUACCAUGAUGGCUAUGGUUGUCCAGGUAGAGAGUGGUGAAGGCCAGAAAGCAGUUACCAUUAGAUCACCCCUACAGAUAUUCAAUCAUUUCCCAAUCCCACUCGAUCUAUCAUGUAAACGAGAGUCACAAUCAUCCAAGAUUACAAGUAUUCCAGCACAAACCAUCUACAAUGUACCACUCGUCCUGGCUUACCGUGCGGGACUUCACCUUAAGCCUUCUGGAUUUGGCUAUAAUGAAACAAGUGCCGCUAUGAUGUGGACACAACUGAAGAGUGCCAACGGUGCUCGUUUCAUGUGCAAUUCACAGUUACCAGGCGAAGCACCUUUCUACAUACAGGUCGUUUGUCAAAAAGCAGAAUACACGGUAUCACAAGGCGUACAAGACUCAUCACCAGUCUACAUCUACCAUGUAUAUCCAUCGGCAGUACUACACAACUACCUACCAUAUAACAUACACUAUUCUACAGAGGGGAUACCGUUUGUGGAUCUCAAAGGAGGUGAAAACUGCGCUCUCUAUUCAGUUAAUCUGACCAAGAACAUCCCACUGAACAUACAGAUUGAUGACUACUUGGGAGAGAGCUGGAGAGGAGAAAUUCUUUUGAAGAAAGGAAUGAAUGAACUAUCAGCCUUCACACUGAUACCAGUUCUAAAAGACUCAGAUAUGAGACCCGUGGAAUUAGGAGUGUUUACUCAAAUGGAUGGUGCGCUAAACAUAACGAUAUACAGUCCAUAUUGGAUGGUCAAUAAGACGGGAAUGUUCCUAGAAUAUUUAGCAACAGACGAUGAUGUUUCGAUUGGACAUCCAGAUUCCCACCGUGAUGCUGUCAUGUUUUCUUACAAAAGAAAAGGCAACGUUUUCAGCAAGAAGGCAGCAGCAAAGAUACGCUUAUCUGGUUCUGAGUGGUGCAGUAAGUUUUCUCUCGAUACAGUUGGCAGUGGUGGUUCCAUGAAACUAAAAAGACAAGGGAAAAUUGUCGAGAUUGGUGUUCAGAUAUCACUAUCAUACUUCAGUUUAACCAAAAUUGUCGAGUUUACACCAUUCCAUCUUCUUAAAAACCAGUUUGCGUCUCCAGUUUACCUGUGUGAGGCACCAGACGAUAGUUAUCUAGUUUGGACGAAAGUAGAGCCAGGGGAGUGUGUUCCAUUCUGGCCAUCGUCAGUUCCACCCAAGAACCUUGUGAUACGAGUUGGGGACGACAUGGAUAACUCACCACGCUUUAACUUCCAACCAGAAACUACUGUACUACUACGGAUGGCUGAUAAAGUUGGUGCGGUUUGUGUUGAGAUGGUUAGCAAAGAGUCGGCAGCCAUUAUGACCUUCAUUCCGUACUAUAACGGUGCUGCACCAGUUCGUAUUGAAAACAGCUCACCUCUUGAAAUACACUACAAACAGGACAGUCAAGAGAGCCGCGAGUGUUUGUUACAUCCUGGACACAGUAUACUUUACACCUGGGAUAAGCUAAUGGAGAAGAAGUCUUUURUUUGGUGGGCUGAAGGAGAAGGCGAUAAGAAGAGAACAACAGACCUGACAGAGGCAACCCAUAGCUCUUUCAAAGUAAAUGACACUACGUAUUACUGGGCGACAUUCCUAGAUGGUCUACAACGAGUACUUUUAAUCAUCGAUGAUUUCACGCUGGCUUACCGGGCACAACUGGAGAUUCCUGAGCGCGUGUCUCAGAGUAUCAAACUUGACCUUCAUGGUUUUGGACUAUCAUUGGUUAAUAAUGAGACAAGUAUCGAACUGGCUUAUGUUGGCAUCACAGAGAGUGAUAUCGUKUGGGAAGAACUGAAAAGCAAAGGAAGAUGGAAGGGAUUAAAACUUAGUUUAUCUCAACAACUUGAAGAAGCYUGGAACCAYGUUCAGCAUGUGAACACUGUUGGUGGAGAACCCAAYUACAGGAAAAAGAUGGGCGAUAUAGAAGUUGACUUUGAGUUAAUGGAGAUUAUCAGCCCAAGUCGACGUCCAAUAAGACGAACAUUUACACCAGGGAUAUCAGURCAGUAUGAGGCUUCUCCUCAUGAACUUACCUUACACACCAARGUUAACGCUAUCCAGAUCGACAGUCAAAUACCGGGAUCGACUUUCAGAACGGUUCURCAUCCAGUGCCUCCGCCCAAAUCUGUAGCAGCAGAUAAUGCUCCCAAGCCGUUCUUUGAGAUGAGUCUUGUGAUGAGACAAGUAGAGCAUAGCCAAGUCAACGAAAUCAAGUAUUUCAUGGUUCUUAUUCAAGAGAUGGAAGUCAUGAUAGAUAUGGGAUUCAUCAUGGCAUUAGUUGAACUUUUUUCAAGUGAUACUAUUGAUCGAAGCAAGGAGCUUUCACAAUACACUGCUGAUAAACAACGCGUUCUUGAUUCGUUAGGAGAUGCAAAUGCUGUACAGGCGGCAUUAGACGAUAAGAGAAAUUACUUUGAUACUUUCCAUCUUUCGCCUCUAAAGAUUCAUGUAAGCUUCUCUCAGCUCGGAGGUCCAUCGAAGGAGGACAAAGACAAAUCGUCGUCACACAUCGGGAAUAGUUUUAUUAACCUGUUGAUGCAGAGUGUUGGUGUGGCUGUCACAGAAGUACAAGAUGUUGAAUUCAAAUUGGCGUACUUUGAGAUCAGCAAUCAAGUCUACGAUCAACAACAGCUGGUGGACGUUAUCAGAAAACAUUACACAAGUCAGGCCAUCAAGCAAAUGUAUGUGUUAGUACUUGGCUUGGAUGUACUUGGAAAUCCAUUUGGGCUGAUUAGCGGACUGAAAGACGGAGCUAAGGAUCUUUUCUAUGAACCAUACCAGGGUUUUAUUCAAGGACCAGGAGAAUUUGCUGAAGGACUGGCGCUAGGAGUUCGCAGUUUAGUUGGGCACACUGUGGGUGGUGCUGCCGGCGCAGUCUCUCGUAUUACUGGGACUCUGGGUAAAGGUAUUGCUGCCCUGACAAUGGACGAAAAAUACCAGCAAGAACGAAGACAAGCGAUGGGCAAGAAACCUGUCAAUGUAGGGGAAGGACUUGCUAGAGGAGGAAAGGGAUUGAUCGAGGGAGUGCUUGAUGGAGUCACAGGAAUAGUAACAAAACCAGUUGAAGGGGCCAAGCAACAGGGCGCGGCCGGGUUCUUUAAGGGCGUGGGKAAAGGUUUGGUGGGGGUGGUGGCUAGACCUGCUGGUGGCAUAGUGGACUUUGCAAGCAGUACAUUGGAGGGUAUUAAAGGGACAGCUGACAACCAAGCAGAACUUCACUCACUCCGGCCACCAAGAGUAUUUUACGCAGAUAAGGUYAUAAAGCCAUACAAUUUAUACGAGGCCACUGGAAAUGAUAUUUUAGAGGCAGUUAAAACUGAUGAAAGUUCAUUGGCCGAUGAUCGCUACUUUGCUCACCGUGACUUAAACAUCAAGAAGGCUUUGCUGAUCACCAACAAGCACAUUGUAGUCGCCGGCAAAGCUGAAGUGUUUGGAAACUGGGAAUGYGACUGGAUUUGUGCAUUUGCAGAUCUUACCGCAGAACCAACGACGGAUAAACAUAAAAUUGUUCUCUCAGUACCGGACAAAGGACGUGUGUUGUUUAAACGAUCUGARACAAGAGCCAUAACUACACCAAGCCCGCAAAUAGCGCAGUGGUUUGUGAAAAAGAUCAAAGAAGCAAGAGCAUGAGUUUACGAGCCUUAAAUGGUGAAUUUCAAAACGAGUAAAACAAGUAUUCUGCCACCAAGAAUACAAGGAAAAAUGUUGUAGUCAUCUAGAGACAUGGUUUGGUAACCUGCGUCCCCUGCUCUUUCUGUCUUCUCUCACAGACCCUGGACUAGGACGGGCUGCGACGUGUGACUUUACUAAUACUGAUAAAGACAGCGGCCAUCUUGGAUUAAGUAAUCUUUGCCCAAUCCAGCAAGGUCGCUGUUUAAAGUGGAAUACAACGUUUAGUAAUUUUAAUAAUAAAUCGGACAAGAAUUUCUAAAUAACAUAGUUAACCCCAUUACAAAAAAAAAACAGAUUAGUUUUUUUAAGAAAUAAUUUAUCGCCAGCGAUCUCGCUAAUAGAUAUAAAAAAUAGGUAUCAAUCAAAUUCAAGUAAACUAAAAAGUUAAAAAUAUUUCCUAUUCAUACGUCCCUAUGGGUAUACUUUCGAGUAAUUGUAUUUAAUAGGUGAUCUAAAUAAAAUUUGUAUUAAAUAUUGUUAAAAAAAUCUCAAUUUCCUAUUACUGUAUAACUACUAUUCGUUUGCAAUCACGUGACUGAAAGUGACGUAGUAGCAGACGCCAUUGCUGGUGGACAUAACACCAAUUCAAGAUGGCGGACACAUUUAUUUUUGGGAGAAUCUACGUAGCACUCAGUUGAUGUAAUAUAUUCAUAAAGAUAUAAUACAAAACACAUAAUACAAUAGAACGAGAAACAAUGGAAUACAAUACAUUUUAUGAAUACAUUACAUCAACUGCGUGCUACGUAGGUCACCCCAUUUGUUUUUAGCUAUUAGAUAUUUUUUGACAUUUAUAAUGUACAUUUAUGUACGAAAUUGAAUCACAUCACGUGUAAAGUAUAUUAGUUAACUGGUCCUGUACUCAAGCUUUUUUCAGUCAAUAAAAUUAAUCAAGAUGGCG